GAGAGAACCAAGACCAACCCUCUCUUUUUUAUUCCUUUUUGUUUUUCUUCCUCUUUGUAUUAAUUUUCAUCCUUGUUAUCAUUUCACCUUAGACUAAUCUAUCUUAUACCUCUUUCUUCAACAAUUGCUAAUUGGUUUGAUAUAGGUACGGUGGAGAUAGAGAUAGCAUCCAUGGAGAUGUCUAGAGGAAGCAACAGUUUUGACAAUAAGAAGCCUAGUUGCCAAAGAGGUCACUGGAGACCUGUUGAAGAUGACAAUCUCCGGCAACUCGUUGAACAAUACGGUCCCAAGAACUGGAAUUUUAUUGCUCAACAUCUCUAUGGAAGAUCAGGGAAAAGCUGUAGAUUAAGAUGGUACAACCAACUUGAUCCAAACAUCACCAAGAAACCCUUCACCGAGGAGGAAGAAGAGAGACUGCUUAAAGCUCAUCGGAUCCAAGGGAAUCGUUGGGCCUCCAUAGCCCGACUGUUCCCCGGGAGGACCGACAACGCUGUCAAAAACCAUUUUCAUGUCAUCAUGGCUAGACGCAAACGGGAAAACUUCUCUUCCACGGCUACUUCUACGUUCAACCAAACUUGGCAUACUGUUUUGAGCCCUAGUUCUAGUCUUACAAGGCUAAAUAGAUCCCAUUUCGGGCUAUGGAGGUAUCGAAAGGAUAAGAGUUGCGGUCUCUGGCCUUACUCUUUUGUUUCACCACCUACGAAUGGUCAAUUUGGAUCUUCAUCUGUCUCUAACGUACACCACGAAAUUUAUCUUGAGAGGAGAAAGUCGAAAGAGUUGGUGGAUCCUCAGAAUUACACAUUUCAUGCAGCCACACCAGAUCAUAAGAUGACUUCAAAUGAAGAUGGACCAUCCAUGGGAGAUGAUGGUGAGAAGAACGAUGUUACUUUCAUUGAUUUUCUUGGUGUUGGAUUAGCUUCUUAGGUUAUAACAUCACAAGUCAAAGCUUUUAAGGGUUUCUAUCAUUAGGGUUAGGCAUCAUUUUCAGCCUUUUGCUUCCUUAAACUCUCAUAUGGAUCUUCUAUCAAUUAUAACUCUCAUUUCCUAUAUCAUUCAAAUAUAUACAUAUCCAUAACAUGUAGGUGUGUAUCUAUACGUGUAUCACAUGCACUUAAUUAAGAUUGGUGAAUAUACAUACACAUAUAAGUUUGUCUAUAUCAUCAGUAUAUUGCAUGCAUGGUUUAUUGUUUGAUACAGAAUCAUGUAACAAAUACGUAUACACAAAGAUAUGCUCAAAGAAAGAUAUGCUAACUAACUUUUCUAAGUGUAUUUAGACCC